AUGCCAGAGAAUGUCGUCCUUAGGCAGGAAGUAGAACGAGAAAUAGCUGCUACAAAAUCUCACAUCGAAGAUCUCCAAAAGAAGCUUUAUGUCCUAGCAGGAAAGCUGAACAUGACUUCGUCCAUCAUGUCGACGCUUCCACCAGACGUGUUAGCAGAGAUAUUCUUUUUGGCUGUACAGGAAGGCAGCUUCAACUCCGUACCCGUGCCUUAUGUUCUCGGGGGAACCUGUAGAGCUUGGAGGAAUAUUGUGUGGUCGACUCCUCUCUUGUGGAGCUUUCUUAUUGUGAAGUUGACGCAGAAGAACGAGCAGGCUCAGCGAACCCUGCUUGAAGACUGGAUUAAAAGGUCUGCCAACUACCCUCUGCACGUGCAUCUUACUGCUCCAGGGUACGAAUCUUCUGAUUCAUACAGCAUCUUGCUACGGAGCUGUGCCCAGUGGAGGUCGCUGAUGGUCAACAGUUACAACAGCCACGGUCUUCGAUACAAGAUGUUAGACGGCCACCCGUUUCCUUUGCUUUCCCAUAUCUCCCUCUACAUCAACCCCCUCGAGCGCUUCCCCUGGAACUUCAACUCUGCUCCCCAACUGCGUGCGCUAGAACUUUCCGGGCGUGGACGGCCUUCCCAGAUUAUAUGUGACUGGGCCGUUGUCCAGGAUUUGAAGGCGACAUUUGAUGUUAACGAUUGGUUAUCCAUUCUUCGAAGUAUGUCGUCCCUAAGAACAUGCAAACUCAUACUCGCGAAGCACCCUAUUGACCCCGCGAUUCAUUUCAAUGACCGAGGUGGACCACACAAUAUCCCAGCUCUCACCAAAUUGUCGUUACAGUAUAUCGGGGCUGAGACCAACGACGAAAUUAUUUUUCUUCUCCGUAACGUCUCCGUUCCGGCCCUCGAACGUUUAGAAAUUACAACGGACAUCCCGGAUUGGUUCACGGACCUCAAGGAAGUGCUCCUCCGCUCUCAAUGUUCAUUGACCGAGCUUACCAUACGGAUCAUCGCCUCGCCCGACUCGACUUUCGAAGAUGAUCUCGUCGAGCUCCUCUCCAGCGUACCCUCUGUCAUACACCUCAACCUCAUCUCCAAGUCUGCUUUGUCCGACCGCCUCAUCAAUGCGCUCAACCCCGACUUGAGUCCGAAUACAGAAGCCCAAGGCUGUUUACCUAACUUAACGACUUUCUCCUGCAACGGAGAAAUCUUGUUCGGCCUCGACUCCAUUCUUUCGAUGUUGCGAGCAAGAGAGAAGACUAUUACGCAAGAGUCGGUCGGCGCACAAUCGGGAGCCCUCAAGGAACUAGAAUCCUUUACGAUUCGGUACAGGAAUGCCGCGUGGGCGCAAACAAAAAAUCCCAAUGCCCUUCGUAUGUUUUACUUCGAAAUGGCGGCGUUCGGGACGAAGACGAAUGUAAUGUGGGAUGAAGCGGCUUGA